AUGCUUGCCACUCUGGGUACAACGGCACGUUGUUCGCCGUCGCACUCGCUUGCGCAAGAUAUCUGGGUCCGAUUAUGUAAACAGAGAGCAUCUAUCUACCACGCCGAUUGUUGGAGUUUUCUUGCGUGCCCCGAGUUCCGCUAUUUAUCAAAAGGAGUGGAGUUCAAAGACGGUGUCACUGCAGCGAAAUAUUUUACUAUCGGUAAAGAAGUUCAGAAGAAUGGCGUAAGAACUUCACCGCCUUGUAUCGCAUCUACGGGGGUCUGUUUACCAGCGGGACGACGUGCCAAUGCUAUCAAAAUAUACUUUGUAUUGAGAAGCCUAGGUUACGGACACAUCCAAAAAGAGUUGAGAAAGGCCGCAUUAUUCGCACGGCUAGUUACGGAUGAUGACGACUUCGAACUAUUUGUUCCACAGCAUCUUGGACUAGUGUGCUUCAGAAUCAAGAACGGUACCAACGCGGAAAACAGAGCUCUAUGUCGUGCCAUAAAUGACGACCGCCGAAUUCAUCUCGUACCAGGCGAAGUACACGGCGUCUAUUUUCUUCGUUUUGCCGUAUGCAGCCCGUUAACUAAUGAGGACGAUAUCAAAUUCGCAUUCAAUAUAUGCAAAGAACUACUAGCGAAUCUUAAUCUUAAUAACACUUUGCCUCAGAAUAAAUCUAAUUAA